AUGGACCUCGAUCUGGCACUCCGUGUGAAUGAACCUCCUGAACCCACGGACGAGAGUUCCGCUGGAGAAAAGAGUGUUUAUGAUAAGUGGGAGCGAUCCAAUCGCUUAAGCUUAAUGCUUAUAAAGUCACAUAUUAGCCAAAGCAUUAGGGGCUCAAUCCCACCAUCUGAUAAGGUCAAGAACUACAUGAGGGCUAUUGAAGAGCAAUUUGUUAGUUCUGACAAAGCAUUAGCAAGUACCCUAAUGAACAAACUAUCAGGAAUGAAGCAUAACAAUUCUAGGAGUGUGCGUGAGCACAUUAUGGAAAUGAGGGACAUUGCAGCUCGUCUUAAGUCCUUAGAGAUUGAGAUUUCUGAGUCAUUCCUUGUCAAUUUCAUACUCAAUUCUCUUCCUAUGGAAUAUGGAGCAUUCCAAAUUUCCUACAACACAUAG